AUGGUGCCAGGAUGGAUGAACAACAAUCAACCCGUCGGUUCUGGUGCGCCGGGCGCGUUCAGGCCUCCCGACGCAGGUAACGUCCAACAACCUGGUAUGCCGCAACAACAAUGGAAUUCGGCGCAACAACCUGGGGGUAUGCCAAUGCCUCCAAACGCUGCUGGUCCAGGCGGACCAGCGGGCUUGUUCAACCCGUUGAAGCGACAACGCGAAUCCACCGGAUCACCCGCGUUUGGUGUGUCGCCGCGACAGCCGCCUGGACAGCUACCACCGACGUCGAGGCCUGGCACUGCUGGCCCUCCAGAUGCCGCGUUCAAUCCCUAUCUGCAGCAGUCGCCGAUGGGUCAACAGCAGUCCAUCCAACAUCAGCAAGCAGCACUCCUCCGUCAGCAGGCGCAGUUGUCCAACCAGAACUCGCCAAACAUGCCACCGACCAAUUUACCACAGGGCGGUCCAGCAUAUACGCACACUCCAACCCAAAACAGACCCAUAGGGAUGCAGAACCACCCAUUUCCCGGUGCAUCACCCGCGCAAACUUUCGGGCAACUUCCAAAUGCUCCUCCCCAGCGAUUGCCCGUGAACCCCAACAUGGGCCACGGCAACAUGAAUCCACAAGUUCUGGCAGCAUUGCAGGCGAUGCAACAGGCGAACAAUGGUUCCGGGCCUCGACAACCACCCAGCAUUGACGAUCCGCGCGUGCAACAACAGCGACAACCGCACUCUGCUUCGCCGGCGCCCUCCAUGGGCGGUAUGCCCCAACAACCGAACCGGAAUAUGCCACCAAACUUUAAUCCUGAGCAGUUACAGCGACAGCAGGCACCACCGCAUAUGCCGGGUCCUCCCCAGCAACCUCUGAAUCCGCAGCAGUUGGCGGCACUGCAGGCCCAACACCUAAUGCAACAGCACCAGCAGCAGGGACCCAUGAAUGCUCAACCACCACGGCAGCAGCAGCCCUUGCAGCCGCCGCAACAGCGGCCGCCCGGUGAUCCCAAUCACCCACCACAAGGCCCACCACGACAGGGAAGCGGUUCGAAGGCCAGCCAGGAUGGGUUUCUAAGAAGCUUGGCAGAGUUCAUGCAAAAGCGUGGUACACCCAUCCGAGGGCACCCAAUCAUCGGCGGUAAACAGAUACACUUGUACAACUUCUGGCAGGCUAUCCAGAGACACGGUGGACCGCGCAAGUUGAGUCUAGGUAAUGGGUGGCAUUCCGUCGCUAACGUGCUUGGGGUCCCUGGAACCGGUGAUUUGAUUGCGGAGAAGUAUCAAGAGAUGUUGGCGCCUUUUGCAGACCAUAUCCUCAGGCAGCAGCUUGCAGCGAGAAAGGCGGAGGAGGCUAGAAGGGGGCCUCAGCAGGGUCCCCUUCAGGGUCCUCUUCAAGGUCCUGCUCAAGGUCACCCUCAAGGUCCUUUACAGGGUCCUCCGCAGGGACAUCCUCAACAGCUGCCACAGCAGAACAUGCCCCCACCCAAAAGACCGAACGACGCUGCGCAACUUGAAGCAAUGCAACGAGCUGCGGCUGCGGCACGUACCAUGCAAGCGCAACGAGAACAGCAGGAGCAGCACAACCUACGUAUGCAACAUCUCCAACAGCAAUUGCAGCAACGACAGCAACAGCAUGCGCAGCAGGGGUCCCCACAACUCCAGAUGCAACAACCACCGAUAGCUAUGAGUCCUCAGCAAGUUUCUCCUAUUGAUCCAAGGGUGAGUAUGAGUCCGAACAUGCCGCAGGGAAUGUUACCACCUCGAGGCCCGCCACCCAUGCAGCCGCCUCAACAGCAUCAACUACAACACCAACAUCAGUUGCAACAGCAGCAACAGCAACAUCCACAACAGGUUCCCCCGCACAUGAGACCCGGUAUGCAACAGCCGCCCAUGGUGAAGCCUCCACAGCAUCCGGUUCCGCCGCACAUGCCUCCUGGGAUGCGAGGACCUCCGGGCUCGCCUGUUGGUCCGCCUUGGCGAGGUAUGCCUACGGGACCUAUGCCACCACAGGGUCCGCAGGGUCCUCAAGGACCACAGGGACACCCGCCGCAGAGACAGCAACCGGUUUCUCAGCAGUCUGUACCUCGCCAACCGAUGCCACCUGCAAGUCCUGUGCUGCCCGCAGCUCCACCAAAGCCCGAAGUGCUAGAGUACGUCCCCAAAAAGCGUGCCUUGCAGACCCAUGGUGGUUUCCAGCUUGAUCUUCUUAAUCGUCUUGGUGCUACAGUACGCGAGACUCAACCUGGGCGACCAAAAUUGCGCGAACUUGGUAAUAUUCAUCUAUAUGGAUUGAAUAUGAGCAUUCAAAGUGGCUUGAACGGCGAGAUCACGUAUGCGCUUGAUAUAUUGAACAUGAUUGCGGGAGAGCCAUCUUGCAAGUUGCCGUUAGUUGCGUGUGGGGACUUGCUGGAGAGCUUGGUCGAGUUGGCAAACGACAUGUUGGACGAGCUUGUCGAGGCGCAGCCAGAUGAGGCUAAUGCCGAGGAAGACAAUGAAGAUGGAGAGAAACCACAUGCAUUGAGACGGACGUAUGAUGAGAUGAUGCGCGAUUGCAUGGACGAGAGCACGUUGAAGCUCUUUGCUGAGCGCCCUGGGGGAGAUUCCUACAGACUCAGGCUCGCGGCAGAAAGGUCGUUGUGCAUCACUGGGAUCCUGAGGAACUUUUCGUUCUUCAUCGACAACCAGCUAUUCAUGGCUGAUCAGCAGGACUUGGUCGAUCUCAUUCUGCGGUAUUUGAGCGUGCUUGAUUUGGCGCCGAAGCAGAUGGUUUUACUUACCCAGAAGAAUAUGCUGAUGAUGUGGAAAGAUCUUCUGGUGCUCCUGUCCAACCUUGCGGCACAGAUUCGCUUGCCUUCGGUAGAGGCAGCGAGGACAGUUCUGGAUUUGUUGCUCAUGUUCGCGCCUGCAUCGCCAUUCUCCGAGGAUCCUGAACACCUUGAGUUUAACACCGUCGAUGUGAGCGCGCAUCCCUAUGCUCCUGCCGCUAUUGAUGUUAUCGCCAAGCUUCUUGCUCGAGAUCACAAUGUUGAACUCUUUACGAAGGUGUUCGAUGAGGCUGCCACAGCAUCCGUACCAAAGUAUGCGCUCCUCACGCACGCGUUUGCGUUGUGUAUCAGCGCCGUACCCGAGGCAGAGGAGGAUAUGCAGCCUCGGAGUGUGGAACGUCGAAUGGCAAUGUUGGAACAAGGGCUACUUGCUGGGAUAAGUUUGGCGAGGAUGUGUCCUACUGGAGGCGGCGUUGCUCAAUCCUGGAUGAUGGCUGGCUACGGCCUUGUUGGUCGAUUGCUGAAGAUAGUACUUGCCUUGAGCGAUACGCCGGCUGGGCGAGGACCACGAUACGAUCCCGGAUUUCAGGGCCUGGAUAAUGGUCCGUUUUCUAGGAUCAACAAGCGCAUCCUGAAGCUCCUUAAGAUUUUGGCGAGUAAGUCUGGGCCAGAUAUGGGUGAAGAAGGGAUUGCAGACAAGCGAUGUGGAAGCACUUUGAUCACGACUCCGGCAAUGCAGCUGGGCGUGUUACUGUUACCGAACAUGCACUGGGAGAUUGUAAAGGACCUGCAGGCGUUAGGUGAAGAAGCAAAUUCGAAGCUGGAGGAGAAGGAGCAAUCAGUUCAGUGA